AUGAAUUCAGAUGCCCUGGGGGGAAGACCACCGACAGCUGAUUGUGCCAGCGCAGGACAUGGAAUUUCACCUCGUGGACAGGUAACUCCACGCCUGUCCGAUGGUCGGCCAAUGACGCGAGCCCUGGAGCGACAAAGGGGACGUGGAAUAGUAUGCAGCACGGUCACGCUUUUGGUGAACUCCACCUGGGGAGAUCAGUUCUAUGUGGGACUGACAGCAUUGGAGGUACUUGAUGGCAAUCUCGCUCCCAUGGUGCCUGAUGAGGUCAAGCUGGAUGCCUACCCCAGAGACUUGAACGACCUGGAGGGCGUGGAGGGGGACGUCCGAACGCUUCGGAACCUUUUCGAUGGGGUCUGCUGCACAAUGGAUGACCAGCACAUGUGGCUGGCACCCUUUUUAAAGGCCGAGGCUGCAGAGGCGGCUGGGGACAUCAGCGAUCGCAACUACCUCCGCAUUCUCUUUGACACGGACCGUGAGGUGGCCGGAUUCAACAUCUGGAACUACAACAAGAAUCUGGAGGACACUUGCAGGGGUGUUCGGGAAUUCUCUGUGUACUGCGAUGACAGGUUCAUUGCAACCUUCCUGUGCCGCAAAGCUCCUGGUCAUGUGCACUUCGACUUCAAGCAGGUUGUUCUCCUUGAUCAGCCACCUUCUGACCUGGCAAGGCGAGCUCCUCCUCGGUUGCCGUCGCAUUCGGCAAGCAGGCGGCGUGAUGAGAAUCGCCCGACAAGUCGUGGUCGACCGCCAAGCGGGUCGGAAAGGAUGUCCUCACAGGUGGAUGUUGGGAGCAGGAUUGCUGAGCGAUCUCCCUCUUCCUUGGAGCGUCCACCACAGCAGUACGAAACCCCAUUGCAUCCAUGCGGCUUCACUUUCAAACUCCUUUUCGUGAGUACAUGGUCAGACGUUCAUUAUGUCGGACUGGACGGUGUUGAGAUCUACGACGUGUUGGGCAGGCCCCUGAGGCCCAAGCGGGCGCACUCCAAUCACGGCAGUGUCAGGGACCUUCCUGGAAUGGAAUCCGACGUCCGCACGGAGGACACCUUCCUCAAGGGUGCCCCCAGCAACAUGCGGAUGUGGUUGGCGCCAUUCUUCCGGCAGCCAAACAACUAUGUGGAGUUGGUCUUCGAUGAGCCGACACAGAUCUCAUCCAUAAAGUUCUGGAACUAUUCCAGGACACCAGCGCGUGGUGUGCGUGAUGUCGAAGUCUACGUAGACGACUUGCUGAUCUACCAGGGAAUCCUGAGACAGGCAUCUGGUAGAGACGGAGGUGAGAGUGUCUUGUUCACGGAUCAGCCAAUGAUCAUCGAAAGGGAGCGUGCGUCCAUUUACCAGCCAAGUCCUGAUGACCUGAUUACUUUUAUCGAUGAAAGUGGGCAAUGGGAUCGCAUCGGUGGGCAUGCUUCAGGUGCGCCUCUGGAACGACCCAUGACGGCACUCACGGCCAUCACGUAG